AUGCCUGUUAAUACUGAAAACUUAUCUGCUUUGAACUCUGAGAAACCCCUUGUGAAUGUUGAUCCUUCAUCCCUGCCCUUGAGUGAGUCUGAUUGUGUGAAAAAUGAUGUUUUGCAUGUGUCUGAUGAGAAAGAAAAAUCAUCUAAUGAGCUCAAUAAUCUGAGUUUAGUUGUAUUUUCUUUUGAUAAUAUUGUUCUGCCUCCUACUGAGAUUGCCGUUAAUCCCAAAGAAAUUUGUCCUGGUGAUGAUCCUUCUGAUUUACCUGCUAAUUUUGAGUUUGUUGACCUCUCAAGCCCCCAUAAGUCUGAGAAAACAGGUGGAAUCCCAAUCUACACUGCGACAUCGUUAGGUGAAAGUCUGGAGCAUGUGCGACAUUUUGCUAGCCUACCGUCUGCUUCGAUUCCUCAACCGUAUCGAGUGAUUCACCCAUCUGAAUCCUCCAGCGAAGAUGAUAAGAUUCUGGCUAAAGUUUAUGGGUCUCAAGCACCUCCAUCUGACAUUCCAACCAUUGAGGCCACUACUCAUCCUAACUCAACAAAAUUUAAAAUACGAGAGGUUACUAAUCUGCUUGGUGGCUCUUCUGCUCAAGUAUCUAAUUCCAGUCAUUCUGUGACUCAUGUUCAAUCCCCAACCAAAGAAACGAGAAGGUCUAAAAGGAAGAAUGUUCCUGUGAAAGUUGUUGUUGAGACAGGUGAUGACAGUGCUGAUGCAGAUCAGCCUGAGAAGAAAAGGAUGUCUAGUGAAACAGUCAAAUCUGAAGCUAAUCCACUAUCCAACAAAAAGAAACCAUCCACACGUUCCAGAGGUCGAAGCAUAACUCCUGAAGUUCAACCUGUUGAAGGAUCUGACACAUCUAUUUACAAGCCUCAAUUUGUAUCUCCUGCUGCUCAGGACAAAUGGUCUACUAUGGUCAGAAGAGAUCUUAUUGUUCAACGAUCUGUGGAUGAGAACCAGCUGAACUCCGUAUGUGAUAUUCUACCUCUGCUGAAUGAAGUAGGAUUGCUGAAGACUGUCACUGCCAUCUGCCCAUACUCAAAGCUCCUCACGUAUGGAUUCUACUGUAAUCUCAAUGGCGAGAUUGACAUCUUAACCGGGCCACGACCAAUGCAGAUUUUCAUCAGAGGGAAGUGGUACAUUUUUUGGCCUGACAUGAUCAAUGAAUACUAUAGACUGACUGUUGUGCAAGAAGAGGCAAUCACAAACUGGAACUUGGUGGCCAAAACUCUUACGGGUGGACAAAUUGAAGCCUGGCCUACGGGUGACAAAGAUUAUCUGCAGAGCUCUCAACUCACAUCCAGAUAUGUUAUUCUGCAUCGCCUGGCUCUUCACAACUGGCUCCCAUCAGCUCAUUUCCACACGGUUGUCAAGCAUCUGGCAGGUUUCUUGUUUCGAAUUGGAGCAAAGAUGCCGAUUGAUCUGGGAAACUGGAUUUACCACCACAUCCUCACCAUGAUUCGCCCACGAGAGCAGAAGGUAAGGCUACCCUUCCCAAAUCUGAUUUAUGGCAUUCUUACAACUCAGGGUCUUGAGCCUAUGCCGAGCGAAGUGAUCAGUCCAACUCUGCUUUAUACUGUUGAUAAGCGUCUUCUGACUGGAUAUCACAUUCGCGAUGUUGAUCCGGUGACUGCCCCCUCUAAUUCUGAACCUGAUACUGUGGCUGAUGACUCACCCCAUGCAAAGGAUGUUCAUCUCUCCAAUCAGUUGAAGGCAAGGGUCUCUGACCUUGAGACAGUACACAACAUUAUUGCUAAACAACUGACAGGGGCCCGUACUGAGCUGGAAACCGUUCUUCUUCGUUUAAGCCUAUCUGAAGCUGCUGCUGCUGAACCUGCGAAGUCCGACAGUGACGCUCCCUCUAAUGCUUGA